AUGCUGCAGCACCUCCAGCUGGCAGCAGCUGCUACCCAAAAUGACUGCCGUUUUGUCGUUGGCGCGGUUGUGAGAACUUCUCGCCAUCCCGAGGCGUCCCGUCCGCUCCGUCCGCUAUCGCCACACCCUUGUUGGACUUCCGCCUCCUUCUCGCCAUCCCGACGUCUUCCCCGUUUUCCCGCGCUAUCGCCUGUCGCCAUGCCGUGCGCGCGCAUGUCGGGCCUGUGUGGCGGCCUCGCCGCACUCAUCGCGGGUGUCUUUGCCAUCAGCUUCCUCACGACCCACGCAAGCGCUGAUGCUGACCCGUGUGUCGGCGUGGACUGUGGGUUAGAGGCUACUUGCUUUGCUCUCAGUGCUACCGAAUCCGUUUGCAGUUGCAACAAGGAUGGUUUUUCCUUCAUCGAGGCUGACAAGACGUGCUUCGCCCCGUUGGUGCGGACGACGGUGGCACUGCAGCCAAAAGGCGUCAGCAAGGUGGACGUCACCUUCCGGACAAAGCUGCCGGCAGAGCAGGCCAGUGGCACCACCGCGUGCGGCAGCACGUACGUCAAAGUCCAAGGCAUCACCAAGAUCACCGUCGUGUGGAAUGCAUCCAACCCUGUCGCGACUGGCCGCCCCGCGCCUAGCAACGCCAUGUGCAAAAGCCUGUCGUUCUACUCUGACUGGGACUGCACGCAGAAGCUGGACUUUACUGCUAUCGCGCGACCUGCGAAGGCUGGCCGUUCCUACCCAGUCACCAAAAAGACUUUCAAUGUGAUCUCUGCGAUGCGGUCUGUUGGCUGCGAGACCACCACGUGUCACAAGGAUUGUGGAGCUGCUGACUGCGUUGUGAAGGACGGCCAGCAGCAGUGCCAGUGCCCCGAGGGCCUCGUGUUCAAUGCAGCCAAGAAGCUCUGCCUCGCUCGUAGAGAGUUUUUUGUGAUCAAGGUCACGUUGAAGGGGCUGGUGGACAACGGAAGGGAGGGCAGGCCACCCUAG